ACUUAAGUCCGAAGAGAGAAGCUUCACCUCUUUCGAAGACUCAACUUCGGCCAACUACGAGCUCAGAAAGCAAAAUUUACGAUGGUCCAUCACACGACGCCUGUGUUGCGUGCGGGCACACAGGACACCAAGGGGAAGCUCCACAUCGAGCCUUCCCCACGAGCCUACCGCUUCUUCCUGGCGAGCAGCAAGGACUCUGGACACCGGCCUAUAGUGCAGAGCGCGGCUGCCUUUCUGCUCUGGGAGGGCGAGUCGAAGAGUCCACGCCUGGCCGUGCCCAGGGAGGACAUCCUCUUUGUAAAGGGAGCAGAAGGCGAGUAUACCGGUCUUGUAGCGGCGCCAAAGGAUGCCAAGAGCCCCUCGGAACUGGCCAGCGAGACCUACAUCAUCCAAGUUGGCUCGGCCGACGGCAAGGACUUCCUCUCGUCCACAUCCUCCGCCUCCUUCUCCUCCGCCUGUGGCUGGUCCUACCGUGGCGACACACCGCUGACCGCCGCGACACCGCGCGACGUGCCUGCGCCGGAUCGCCUCGUCGUGCUCAACGUUUCGGCAUUUGGGAGCGUGUACGAGGAGGACGAUAAGGUGCUGGGUGGCGUCAAGAAUCCCUACCACCGAGUCGACAUUGUCACGUCGCGCCGCCAUGUCCAGAUCUAUGCAACAAGGGCACCAGGCGCCUCCACCCAUGAGGAAGACGUCCUCAUCGCAGACUCAAAGGGCAAGCCAGUCGUCGCCUUGUUCGAGACGGGCUAUCCAACGAGGUGGUAUCUUCCGCCCGAGGCAAUUGUGAAGCCCGACUCGCUCGUGCCAAGGGCAGGCGCAUCGGCAAAGGAGUUUCCCGACGACGGACUGCGGACGGUGUGUCCUUACAAGGGCGUGGCUCGUUACUCAACGGUGCAUCUCGCGAGCGAUGGGGAAAAGGAGGGCAGUCAGCUGGAGAACAUUGCGUGGGCCUAUCCGGAACCGAUCAAGGCACUCGACCUCAGGGGUCUCGUCUGCUUCUGGGCACCGGGACACGACAGACUCAGGCUCGUCGUCGAUGAGCAGACUGUUGGAUAGUCCAGAUAAGCAUGCGCCUUGUUGCCAGAUCGACGCCUCGCCUCUUGUUGUUCUUGGGCUGGCAAUGCUGCUUUGUUUCCACCACAACAACAGCCAACGGUGCAGCCCCAGCUGCCCUCGCUCUUGCGGCGGAGGCGCCGGGGAGGAGAGGGGGCGGGCAGAGGCGGUGGCGAGCAGACAGCGAGGGUUUUUUUCUGGUGUUUUGUGUGACCCGUCGCCCUCGGAGCCUUACUCGAAAUGACUCAAUGACUCCUGGCAAAUGGCAGCAGUUGCGUCAUUCAGUUCAAUCGACCUGUUCAGCGAGGCGACUGCACAGUACAGU